CGAGGUCGCACCGCACCAGCCAUCGUCUCCUUCCUUCCUUCCUAUACUACCAUCCAACCAGCUGCCCAGCGCAACGUUACCUGCCCGACAUCCGACAAGCCAGUCCAUCCGGCAGCGAGCAAAGGUCUGAGAUGGGUUCCGUAGACGCGGCGAUCGCGGUGCCGGUGCCGGCGGCGGAGGAGAAGGCGGUGGAGGAGAAGGCGGUGGUGUUCCGGUCCAAGCUCCCCGACAUCGAGAUCGACAGCAGCAUGGCGCUGCACACCUACUGCUUCGGGAAGAUGGGUGAGGUGGCGGAGCGGGCGUGCCUGGUCGACGGGCUGACGGGCGCGUCGUACACGUACGCGGAGGUGGAGUCCCUGUCCCGGCGCGCCGCGUCGGGGCUGCGCGCCAUGGGGGUGGGCAAGGGCGACGUGGUGAUGAGCCUGCUCCGCAACUGCCCCGAGUUCGCCUUCACCUUCCUGGGCGCCGCCCGCCUGGGCGCCGCCACCACCACGGCCAACCCGUUCUACACCCCGCACGAGGUGCACCGCCAGGCGGAGGCGGCCGGCGCCCGGCUCAUCGUGACCGAGGCCUGCGCCGUGGAGAAGGUGCGGGAGUUCGCGGCGGAGCGGGGCAUCCCCGUGGUCACCGUCGACGGGCGCUUCGACGGCUGCGUGGAGUUCGCCGAGCUGAUCGCGGCCGAGGAGCUGGAGGCCGACGCCGACAUCCACCCCGACGACGUCGUCGCGCUGCCCUACUCCUCCGGCACCACCGGGCUGCCCAAGGGCGUCAUGCUCACCCACCGCAGCCUCAUCACCAGCGUCGCGCAGCAGGUUGAUGGCGAGAACCCGAACCUGUACUUCCGCAAGGACGACGUGGUGCUGUGCCUGCUGCCGCUGUUCCACAUCUACUCGCUGAACUCGGUGCUGCUGGCCGGCCUGCGCGCGGGCUCCACCAUCGUGAUCAUGCGCAAGUUCGACCUGGGCGCGCUGGUGGACCUGGUGCGCAGGUACGUGAUCACCAUCGCGCCCUUCGUGCCGCCCAUCGUGGUGGAGAUCGCCAAGAGCCCCCGCGUGACCGCCGGCGACCUCGCGUCCAUCCGCAUGGUCAUGUCCGGCGCCGCGCCCAUGGGCAAGGAGCUCCAGGACGCCUUCAUGGCCAAGAUUCCCAAUGCCGUGCUCGGGCAGGGGUACGGGAUGACGGAGGCAGGCCCCGUGCUGGCGAUGUGCCUGGCCUUCGCCAAGGAGCCGUACCCGGUCAAGUCCGGGUCGUGCGGCACCGUGGUGCGGAACGCGGAGCUGAAGAUCGUCGACCCCGACACCGGCGCCGCCCUCGGCCGGAACCAGCCCGGCGAGAUCUGCAUCCGCGGGGAGCAGAUCAUGAAAGGUUACCUGAACGACCCCGAGUCGACGAAGAACACCAUCGACAAGGACGGCUGGCUGCACACCGGAGACAUCGGCUACGUGGACGACGACGACGAGAUCUUCAUCGUCGACAGGCUCAAGGAGAUCAUCAAGUACAAGGGCUUCCAGGUGCCGCCGGCGGAGCUGGAGGCGCUCCUCAUCACGCACCCGGAGAUCAAGGACGCCGCCGUCGUAUCAAUGAACGAUGACCUUGCUGGUGAAAUCCCGGUCGCCUUCAUCGUGCGGACCGAAGGUUCUCAAGUCACCGAGGAUGAGAUCAAGCAAUUCGUCGCCAAGGAGGUGGUUUUCUACAAGAAGAUCCACAAGGUCUUCUUCACCGAAUCCAUCCCCAAGAACCCGUCGGGCAAGAUCCUGAGGAAGGACUUGAGAGCCAGGCUCGCCGCCGGUGUUCACUGAGGCCCGUAUGCAGCUUCUUCUCGGACGGCCACCACGCUGCUGCGAAAAAAAAGGCGAUGUAAUGGCGGUAACACUACUAUUCAUGAACUGGCAACAGAAGGGACACGUAUUCCUGUGGAACACAUGUUGCCAGAAAGAGGUUUUAGUUUGUCUGUUUGUUGGCCCUGUGUGUAAUGUUCAUAAACGAUAUAGACGUCGUCUCUAUGUUGUUUUUGACCCAAAGAACAAGCCUGAUUACGGCAAUACAGCUACGGAGUACCGUGUUUCAUAUGCCUAGAUGUUUGUCAUAAGUUAUUAUAGCCGGAGAUGGCGAUGGGCCUCGAUCUCUCCUUCACUAGGACUAGUUUGGCAACGAGGAGAGAAAAAUCCCUUGAAAAUUAAUCUAGGAGGGGAUUUUAGAUGCCACCUUAUUUCCCCCCUCUUCGGUGU